AUGCAGACACUCACCACACUAAAUCUUCGAAAUAACGAAAUCCAAGCCGUUGGAGCACAAUACUUGGCUAACGGAUUACGUCAUAACACAACACUCGCCACACUAAAUCUCCAUCAUAAUUCAAUUGGGGAUGAUGGGGCACAACAUUUGGCGGACGGAUUACGAUAUAAUACAACGCUCACCACACUAGAUCUCCAGUGGAAUAUAAUACAAGCUGUUGGAGCACAACAUCUGGCUGAUGUAUUACAACAUAACACAACACUUACCACACUAGAUCUCCAAUGGAAUGGAAUCGGAGAUGUUGGAGCACAACAUUUGGCUGAUGUAUUGAAACACAACUCAACACUCACUACACUAAAUCUCGAAUAUAAUUCAAUUGGAGAUGUUGGAGCACAACAUUUGGCUGAUGGAUUACGACAUAACACAACACUUACCACACUAGAUCUCGGACGCAAUGAAAUCGGAGCUGUUGGAGCACAACAUCUGGGUGAUGCAUUACGAGUUAACAUAACACUCAUCACACUAAAUCUCGAAGAUAAUCAAAUAGGAGCUGUUGGAGCACAGUAUUUGGCUGAUGGAUUACGGCAUAACACAACACUCAUCACACUAAAUCUUGAUGAUAAUCAAAUCGAAGCUGUCGGAGCACAACAUUUAGCUGAUGUAUUAAAACAUAGCACAACACUCAUCAUACUAAAUCUUCAACGUUAUCAAAUUGGAGAUGUUGGAGCACAACAUUUUUCUGAUGUAUUAAGACAUAACACGACACUCACCACACUAAAUCUCCGAGGUAAUGAAAUCGGAGAUGUUGGUGUACAAUAUUUGACUGAUGAAUUACGAUAUAACACAACACUCACUACACUAGAUCUCCAAUCGAAUGAAUUUGGAACUGUUGCUCUACAACAUUUGGCUGAUGUAUUAAGACAUAACACAGUAAUUAGCAGUCUGUAUUCAUGUAUACCAUGUGUUUACCUGUAG